AUGGUUGCUGCUUCAUCAUAUCUUGUUGCUCAGACUGAAACAACACUGGAGGCCAAACUGGAGGCCCUGCAAUGCCACUUCACCUGGGAUCUGAAGCCCACUGGGUACACACUUCUCCGUCUCAGGGACAACCUGGAGGACAUUGGCACGGAGGAGGGAAACAGUUGGCUGGGUCACACUUACAACCUGGAGGGGUACAUUCACUACCAGCUGGGUUCCAUCGAUAAGGCCAGGAGUCUCUUCAGCAGGGCUGCAGAGGCCUUCCGGCAGAUAAGAAACACCGUCUCAGAUGAGGGUCCCUGGUUGGUGGUGAACUAUGGGAACAAGGCUUGGUUGCACUUCCAUCAGGGAGAACAAGCAGAGAGUCAGGCUUGUUUGUCAAAGGUUGAGGAGCUAAUGAAAGAAUACCCAUCUCCAUCGCAGGACGAGAUCCAUCCAGAGAUCUACGCUGAAAAAGCCUGGACUCUGAUGAAGUUUGGCGCAGACAAAAAGCUGCUUGCUGCAGAUUACUUCCAGAGAGCCAUCAGGAUGCAGCCAGACAUGGUGGAGUGGCAGACCAGCCAUGUGUUAGCAUUAAUAAAUCCCUUUAACCACAGCAACCUGAGGGAUGACAUCUUGGAGAAAAUGAAAAUCGCCAAGGAACACGACCCAGAGAACUUGUACCUUGCUGCUCUUUACCUUGAGGCUCGUGCUAAAAAAGGAGAACAAAUUGAAGGUGAAGCUCGUGAGCUGGCCAUAAGGGUUUUGAGAAAGCCAGUUAGCAGCUACAGUGGUAUUGAACCAUUACUAAGGCUGUACAGAGUCUAUUUAUCCAACAAUGAGGCUAUUGAUUUGGCAGAGGAAGCUCUUGAAAGACAUCCAGACGAACGUUACCUGAAGAGGCGUGCAGCAAUCUGCUACGAAAAAAGAAUCUUCUCAGACAGUGACGGUCCCCUGGAGAACAGCAUGAUCGACAGAGCAAUCAGCCUACAUAAGGAAGUGAUUUCUCUCUACCCUGACUCUUCACUUAAAAGAAAAAUAUAUCUUGCAAGCAUAUAUGUACGGUCAAACCACAGCCAAGAAGCUGACCAGAUAUAUGAGGAGCUGCUUCAAAGUGAUCUGGAUCCUGGAGGGGCUCAGAUGCUUUACAACUACUAUGCAAAACAUUUACAUUUCAUUCACAAGAGGAUGCACGAGUCGAUAAAGUACCACAUGAAGGCAGCAGCGAUACCGCAACAAUCUUUCCUUCGUGAGAACAGCAUUAGCAUUCUGAGGAGGAUUAGAGACAGAAACAGAAACCGGAUGUGUGGAGAAAUUGAGGAGUUUCUGGCUAAUCUGCAACUCUAA